AUGGACGCCUUCGUCACGAGAAAAAAGCGCAAGGCGGCAGCGGGUCCAGCGGCACAAGAGAAUGACCGCAAUGUCAGCCACGAUAUUGCAGCAGACGAAGACGACCCCACAGAGAUCAAGCUUGCCAUUCUGUCGUCUCUACACCCCAACUUCUCUCAAGAGGCACUCCUCGAUGUUCUCCUCGCCCAUGACGGUGUUGUCUCCGAGGCUUGCAGUGCUCUCUCCAAACUCUCUUCUUCUUCUUCUUCUUCUUCCCAUGCUUCAUCAAACGUUGGCUAUCAGGCAUCUCUGCGGGCCUUCACUGCGUCAGAACAAGAUCGACGAGGAGGAUCAUCAUCACCGAAGAAGGCCAGACUUCUCUCUCGUAAGGGUGCGACGCUACAUCUCUUCGAUCCUGUUGAUAUAGCUGAGCACACACCAUGCUCCAUCAUCCACAAUUUCUUACCGUCUGCUCUUGCCAACGACCUUCUCGAGGAGAUGCUCGAGGAGUCCAAAAGUUUCCAGAAGAUCACCUUCAAGCUCUUUGACACCGUCGUCUCGAGCCCUCACACUUCAUCCUUUUACGUGAGCACGUAUGGUGAGAUGCAGGAACAGAAGCUCGAGUACUUGUACAAUGGAGCGCGCCUCGAUGAUGUCCGUAGAAUUACACCACAGCUCGAUAAGGUCAAGCCGCUAGUGCAAGAGGCCGUGAACCGUGAGAUCCAAGAGCGCAUAGCGACCCGUUAUCCCGGCGGUCGAAAACUCAGAUACCAACCCCCUCCUCCAUGGGUGCCCAACGCCGCCUUUGUAAAUUGCUACAACGGUCCAGCCGAGUCUGUCGGCUGGCACUCGGACCAGCUCACCUAUCUCGGACCUCGCGCGGUCAUCGGAUCACUGUCUCUCGGCGUUGCGCGUGAGUUUCGAGUCCGCAGGGUCGUCCCCAAGGAUGACGACGGCAACCCAAAGACAGACGGCGACUCCGAGGGCCAGAUCGCCAUUCACCUCCCCCAUAAUUCCCUCCUCGUGAUGCACGCCGAGAUGCAGGAAGAGUGGAAACACAGCAUCGCACCGGCCCAGGCCAUCGACCCUCACCCGGUCGCAGGCAACCGACGCAUCAACGUCACCUACCGCGACUACAAGUCUCACCUGCACCCCAGCUCGACGCCCAAGUGCAAGUGCGGCGUCCCGGCCGUGCUCAGGGUCGUCCAGAAGAAGAAAGAGAACUGGGGCAGGUAUUUCUGGAUGUGUCAUACGAGCUAUGUCCCGGGGAAAGAAGGAUGCACCUUCUUUCAAUGGGCUGAGUUUGACGAUGAUGGGGUUCCGAUCUGGGACAAGGACAAGCAGCGCGCAGACCGGAGAUGUCUUGACUGA